CGCUGCUCUUGUGUGGAAGGUGUUUGUAGAGCCAAGGCCAGGCAAUAGAUUUCUGUCACACUCUUAGGGAGUAGGAGCAGUGAUUUGCCUGAGCGCCCAGGGCCGUCAAAGACCUGCGCUCGUCCGACCGGCACUGUGAAGGCCAACGGUUGGGGGCCCAGAAGCGUAGUUGUUUCAGUAAGGCCGCGAAGCUUUGAGAGGAGCAACUCAGCGAAUCCUUGUAUGUUUGGGAGCUCUGCGGGGUGAGAGAAAAAAGCUGUCUUAGAGGCUCGAACGUGCGGACAGAGAUGUUGUGAGCUAUAUGGAGUGGCCGGCGUCUCAAAGAGUCACUUUCUGACGAACGUUUGUGAGGCCCGUAUUCACAGAGAAAUGGGAACAUAAGCUGCUGAGUACUGGCCCAACAGAGCCAUGGUCCAUCCGAGAGAAGCUGUGUUUAGCGUCUUCCGUCAUGAGGAGUGGAGAUCAAAAUUGGGUAUCAGUUAGCAGAGCAAUCAAGCCCUUUGCAGAACCUGGUCGCCCUCCAGACUGGUUCUCUCAAAAGCAUUGUGCUUCCCAGUACUCAGAGCUUCUGGAGACCACUGAGACCCCAAAACGGAAACGGGGUGAAAAGGGAGAAGUGGUAGAAACUGUUGAAGAUGUCAUUGUUCGGAAACUGACUGCUGAGCGAGUUGAGGAACUAAAGAAAGUGAUAAAGGAAACCCAGGAAAAAUAUAGGCGGCUGAAAAGAGAUGCAGAACUAAUUCAAGCUGGGCACAUGGACAGCAGACUGGAUGAGCUUUGCAAUGACAUUGUGAUGAAAAAGAAAUUGGAGGAAGAGGAGGCUGAAGUAAAGAGGAAGGCUACGGAUGCAGCUUAUCAGGCCCGUCAAGCAGUAAAAACACCCCCUCGGAGGUUACCUACUGUGAUGGUCCGCUCUCCUAUAGAUUCUGCCUCCCCAGGAGGUGAUUAUCCACUUGCGGACUUGACUACAACCACUAUGGAAGAGGCCACCUCUGGGGUAACCCCUGGGACUUUGCCGAGUACCCCAGUCACCUCGUUUCCUGGAAUUCCUGACACCCUUCCUCCAGGCUCUGCACCCUUAGAAGCCCCCAUGACCCCAGUCACAGAUGAUUCACCCCAGAAAAAGAUGCUUGGACAGAAAGCAACUCCACCCCCCUCCCCUCUGCUGUCAGAGCUCUUGAAGAAGGGCAGCCUCCUGCCUACUAGCCCCAGACUGGUCAAUGAGAGUGAAAUGGCUGUGGCUUCUGGCCACCUGAACAGUACAGGUGUCCUCCUGGAGGUAGGCGGGGUCCUUCCCAUGAUACAUGGUGGGGAGAUGCAGCAAACACCCAACACUGUUGCAGCCUCCCCUGCUGCUUCAGGUGCUCCUACUCUUUCCCGGCUUUUAGAAGCUGGUCCUACACAGUUCACCACACCUCUUGCUUCCUUCACUACUGUUGCCAGUGAACCUCCAGUUAAACUUGUACCACCCCCUGUAGAGUCUGUGUCCCAGGCUACCAUUGUCAUGAUGCCUGCGCUGCCAGCACCAUCCUCUGCUCCGGCUGUCUCCACUCCUGAGAGUAUAGCUCCAGUGAGUCAUCCUGAUACCUGUGUUCCCAUGGAGGCUGUGGGGGAUCCACAUACUGUGACUGUUUCCAUGGAUAGCAGUGAAAUCUCCAUGAUCAUCAAUUCUAUCAAAGAAGAAUGUUUCCGAUCAGGGGUAGCAGAGGCCCCUGGAGGAUCAAAGGCUCCCAGCAUUGAUGGGAAGGAAGAUUUAGAUCUAGCUGAGAAGAUGGAUAUUGCUGUGUCUUACACAGGUGAAGAGCUGGACUUUGAGACUGUUGGGGACAUCAUUGCCAUCAUUGAGGACAAGGUAGAUGAUCAUCCUGAAGUGCUGGAUGUGGCAGCAGUAGAAGCAGCAUUGUCAUUCUGUGAAGAGAAUGAUGAUCCCCAGUCCCUGCCUGGCCCCUGGGAGCACCCUAUCCAGCAGGAACGGGACAAGCCAGUACCUCUCCCUGCACCAGAGAUGACGGUCAAGCAAGAGAGGCUGGACUUUGAAGAAGCAGAAAGCAAAGGAAUCCAUGAACUGGUGGACAUCAGGGAACCCAGUGUUGAGAUCAAAAUGGAACCUGCAGAACCAGAGCAAGGCAUUUCAGGGGCUGAAAUAGUAUCUGGAGUUGUUCCAGCCUCAAGUAUGGAGCCACCAGAACUCAGGAGUCAGGACUUAGAUGAAGAAGCCAGAAGUACUGCAAUUGGAGAAAUGACUGAAACAGAUGCUUCCAGUAGGAAAGGCGAUGAGACUCCACUUACAACGGUGAAGAUAGAGGCAUCCCCUGAAAGCAUGUUGUCUCCAUCACAUGGCUCAAAUCCCAUUGAAGAUCCUUUAGAGGCAGAGACUCAGCACAAGUUUGAAAUGUCAGACUCAUUGAAAGAAGAAUCAGGGACUAUUUUUGGAAGCCAGAUAAAGGAUGCCCCAGGUGAGGAUGAGGAGGAAGAUGGAGUCAGUGAAGCAGCCAGCCUAGAGGAGCCUAAGGAAGAAGAUCAAGGAGAAGGCUAUUUGUCAGAAAUGGAUAACGAACCCCCUGUGAGUGAGAGUGACGAUGGCUUUAGCAUACACAAUGCUACGCUGCAGUCCCACACACUGGCAGACUCCAUCCCCAGCAGCCCUGCUUCUUCACAGUUUUCUGUCUGUAGUGAGGAUCAGGAAGCCAUUCAGGCACAGAAAAUCUGGAAGAAAGCCAUCAUGCUUGUAUGGAGAGCUGCAGCUAAUCAUAGGUAUGCCAAUGUCUUCCUGCAGCCUGUUACAGAUGACAUAGCACCUGGCUACCACAGCAUUGUACAGAGGCCUAUGGAUUUGUCAACUAUAAAGAAAAACAUUGAAAAUGGACUGAUCCGCAGUACAGCUGAAUUUCAACGUGACAUUAUGCUGAUGUUCCAGAAUGCUGUGAUGUAUAAUAGCUCAGACCACGAUGUCUAUCACAUGGCAGUAGAAAUGCAGCGAGAUGUCUUAGAGCAGAUCCAGCAAUUCCUGGCCACACAGUUGAUUAUGCAAACAUCUGAGUCUGGGAUCAGUGCUAAAAGUCUUCGAGGGAGAGAUUCUACCCGCAAACAGGAUGCUUCAGAGAAGGACAGUGUCCCCAUGGGCUCUCCUGCCUUCCUUCUCUCUCUCUUUGAUGGGGGAACCAGGGGGCGCCGCUGUGCCAUUGAAGCAGAUAUGAAGAUGAAAAAGUGAAGCUUCAGAGUUUCUGCAUUGAGCUGAACCUGAAAUAGAAGUAAAGAUAGAGCUUGGGCUUGUGGGCCCAGUUCCAGAAGUGGAAGUUACAGAAGAGGAGGCGCCUGGGCCACAUGACAUGAGCUGGAAAAAUCUCUCUCAGAGAGUUGGAGUAGCACAGUUGCCUGUUUUAGGGCAAAGAUCAUGGGAAGUGUUAAUGUCCUGAUGUGUUGCUAGCAGAUUGUAGCUAGUUUGUAUUGUCUUGUGAAGUGUACAGACUUUAAAACAAAAACAAAAACCUGUGAAGUGUGUAUGUACACAAUAAACUCUGAAAGAAAAGAAAA